AUGGACUUCGCAUACGAUCUCAUAAACGACCGAUCCUCAACACCCAAACCCUCAGAUACAACAGGGUCCGAUCCCGAGGCUACUUCAAGCACGCCCACUCGUGCCACUCAGCAGCCACAGCGCCAGGAUUUGCAGACCGAAUUUCAGGAAACAUUCAAGGCAUUCUCGAAUACGCAAUGGGGCGCUAAGCUGGGUGGGUGGUGGUCCACCACCCGAACACAGGGCGCGUCCUACUAUGAAAGUGCGCGGAAGGAGGCCGAGAAACGCGAGGCUGAAGCCGCAAGAGUACUGGAAGAGGCAAGGAAGUUGGUUGUAGAACGCACCAAGACCGUGGUAGAAGCUGCGGAGAAUCAAUUGGACAACAUCGUCAACGAAGAAAAGCGGGCUGAACUACAGGCAGCCCGCAAGCAGCAGCAGGAGCACGAGUCGGAAAGAUCGUUGCCAGGCGCAUCCACAAUAGAACAGCAAGACGAGGAAGACACCGACACCUUCCUAGCUCGCUUCAAAUCUGAAGCAGCUAAGCGACUCAAAGAUGUUCAAAAGGCGGAAGAUGCAGCGGAUGAAGCCCUUCUCCGCUUUGGAGCCAAUAUUCGCAACUUCUUGAAAGACACCAUAUCUGUCUCUGCCCCAGAAGCGUCCUCAAAAUCGCAGUCCACAGAUGUUAUCUUCGAAAGUAGGGAUAUCACAACUGGAAAACGAGUAAUACACACCUCGAGAUUCGACGCGCAGUUGCAUGUGAUACACACCACACCCUCGAGUUUUACUGAAGACCCUGAAGCGAGCGAAGGAUGGCAACAGUUCAAGACAGGGUUUGACAUUGAUGACAGAACGGACGACAUAGCCACAGAUCUGGACAAGUAUCCCGAACUCAGGUCUACGAUGGAGAAGCUGGUACCUGGGACAGUUGACUACAAGGCCUUCUGGACAAGAUACUACUUCCUCAGGCAUGUCGUACAAUCACAAGACGAGAAACGCAAGGAGCUUCUACAAACCUCUGCAGCAGACCAGGAAGAAGUAGCAUGGGACGAAGACUCAGAAACCGAAGCAGCUGAAAGGGAAGCCGAACAAGUCCCUAACACCGCAGAUGCUUCGCAAACGAAAUCCAGCGCACAUGCACGCACAGAUUCAGAUGCAAUAACUCUCAGAGCACCACGCCGCUCUCACGAUGAAAAGUCUGUAGCUGACUCCGAAGCAAGCUACGAUCUCGUGAGUGGAGCGGCAAGUCAUGCCAACAGUUCUCCAAAGGAGAAGCACAUCAAAGAAGAAGAAAGCGACGAUGACUGGGAAUGA